AUGCCCGUCUUCGGUGACAAGUCCCCUGGUGUCGCUCGCAUCGAGAUCAUCAACUCCCACCUGACUCGCACGGAUCGCAUCUUCCUGUUCAUCGGCGUCUUCCUGGUGGGCUAUGCCUACGGUCUCGACAGCCAGGUUCGCUCGACAUACCAGACCUAUGCGACGUCGAGCUUCGGGAAACACUCGCUGCUCGCGACCGUCAAUGUGAUUCGCAGUGUCAUCGCGGCUGCUGGCCAGCCCGUUGCGGCGAGGAUUGCUGACAUCUUUGGCCGGUUCGAGUUGGUUGCCAUAUCGAUCGUAUUCUAUAUCAUCGGGACGGUCGUCGAGGCGUCUGCCAGCAAUAUCGAAACUUUCGCGGCUGGUACCGUGCUCUACCAAGUGGGAUAUACCUGUAUUGUCCUCCUGGUUGAGGUCAUCAUCGCGGAUAUCACGUCCAUGCGGUCGCGAGUGUUCUUCAGCUACCUUCCGGCCCUUCCGUUCAUCAUCAACACCUGGAUCAGUGGGAAUAUCACAUCGGCUGUCUUGCAGAAGACGUCCUGGCGAUGGGGUAUAGGAAUGUGGUGCAUCAUCUACUUCUUCUGCUCCCUCCCUCUCCUCUUCUCCUUGUAUCAUGUCGGCCGCCGUGCAGAGAAGAGCGGCGAACUGGAGAACUAUCCUACUCCACUGCAACUGCUCGGCAUGCGCAAAUUUGGUAUUGACGUCUUCCACCAGCUUGAUGUGGUUGGGAUUGUGCUGCUGGUCACCAUGUUCGGCCUCAUCCUCGCACCGCUCACCGUUGCUGGAGGCACCAUCUCGCAAUGGCGAACUGCGAAGAUCAUCGUCCCUCUAGCUAUCGGUAUCCUGUGCAUUCCAGUCUUCGUUCUCUGGGAGGUCAGAGGUGCAAAGCAUCCGCUGACGCCGUUCUACCUCCUCAAAGACCGAGGCAUUUGGAGUGCCCUGGUGAUUCGCUGUCUCCUCAACUUCUCCUGGUACUUGCAGGCCGACUACAUCUUUACCGUGCUGGUUGUUGCCUUUGAUUUCUCUGUCGCGUCGGCCACCCGGAUUCAAUCGUUUUACUCUUUCUUUGGUCUGAUUAGCGGAGUGAUCACUGGCUUGAUUAUCUACCGUCUACGGAGACUGAAAUACUUCAUCGUCUUCGGCACCUGCAUGUUUAUGGCAGCCUACGGGCUGGUUAUACACUUCCGCGGUGGCUCCUCAGAGAGCUCGAAAACAGGAGUCAUUGUUGCCCAGGUUCUCCUGGGUCUGGCUGGGGGUUUCUUUGCCUAUCCAACCCAAGCGUCCGUCCAGGCAGCCACGAAGCACGAGCAUAUGGCUGUUCUGACUGGUAUAUAUCUGGGUUCGUUCAAUGUCGGCAGUGCUCUUGGAACCUGUGUUUCAGGCGCUAUCUGGACACAAACCCUUUACAAAACGCUGUCCGACAAGCUUUCAUUCCAGCCAGAUGAUACCCUGGCUAAACGGGUGUAUGGAUCGCCGUUUGAAGUCAUCCCUUCAUACCCAGUCGGCACCCCGGAGAGAGACGCCAUCAUCUACAGCUACCGGCACGUCCAGCGCAUUCUCUGCAUCACGGGAAUAUGCAUCGCUGCACCGAUGAUUCUAUUCGCGUUUAUCCUGCGUAACCCGAAGCUGUCCAAGCAGCAGAGCCAGCCUGAAGCCGAAGACAGGAUUGAAUAA